GGGUCUGAGUUCCUUUGGAUUGUUCACACUGCAAAAAAAUUAAGCCAACCGCACUGAGUUCACAAAUAAUUGUCUGUAAGGGACCAUGUGAUAACAUCCUUAGUUAGACUGAGGACAUUCAUGCUGCCAUGGGAGUCGCCAUAUAUUGUUGCAUAAACCAUCACAAAUUUUGCUUGAACAGAAACACAUACAUAUGAACAUUCGUGGACAUUGUAUGUAAAGGAACGAAAAUAUCAUCAUUACCUAGUGUUAUAGCAGGUCUGUAUUUGUUUUAUAACAAAAAAAUCAAACUACAUAACCUCCGACGAGACGUCCAUCACGUGAGUAGACUUGAUUCACCAAUCACCGCGUUCUAUGGACGUCACACGCAAGCAGUCAAAAAAACCACGUGAGCCCGUUAUGAAAGUGAUAUCACCAGGGCAAGAGCGUCGAUUACUUUGUUUAACAUAAGCAUUUUAUUCACUUCAACUAGACAAGGGUCUUCAAAGGCAACUCAGAAAAGGGUAGUCAGACAUGUUUGGUUCAGUGGUGGUUGGCAUUGGGACGGCAGGCUUUGUGAGGAUCAGGGACAUGCUAGCCCCUCUGCCCUCCAGUGCAGCUGAGAAGCUCAGUGUCAAAGGCUUCAUAUCCAGGAGGAUUCUGGAGGAGCAACAGGGAGUGAAACAAAUCACUGUUGAAGAUGCCCUGAGCCGGGACGACAUAAAGGUGGCUUUCGUGUGCACCGAAAACGCUGCCCAUGAGGAAAACAUCAGGAUGUUUCUGGCAGCAGGGAAGCAUGUCUGUGUGGAAUAUCCAAUGGCCAUGACACACAAGACUGCUGUGGACCUCUGGGACCUGGCUCAGGAAAAAGGAGUGGUCCUGCAUGAGGAGCACAUAGAACUCCUGACAGCCGACUUCAAGCAGCUGAAGAAGGACGUAGCAGGGAAAAGGCUGGAGGAGGGAUUCCUUCACUUCACAGGAGGUCCUCUGAAGACGGGAUUUGGUUUUCCAGCUUUCAGUGGCAUCGCCCGGCUCACCUGGCUGGUCGAUCUGUUUGGAGAGCUGUCUGUCACCGCUGCCAGCAUGGAGGAAGACCAGGAGAACAAGUACAUGAAGAUGACCGCUCAACUCAUAACCAAAGAGCAGAAGCCUCUCACGUGGAUUGAGGAGUGGGCUCCCGGGCUGCCUAGGGCCAAAGACAUCAACUUCCGCUUUGACUCAUGCACCAUCACCCAGCUGCCCCCAGCCACCAGGGAGCCGGUGGGUAUCUUUAUGCAGGACUUGGUGCUCUUCAGUCAGAAGCUGCUGGGCCAGGUGCCCCGUGACCAGCUCCAUGCAGAGCGCUGCAGGGUCCUCCACUGUCUAGAGCUGGCCGACCGCAUCCAGCAGCUGAGCCUGCAGGGCUCAGCCCAGGACGCCUAGAAACCAGCAGCCUACCCAGGGACCCCAGCAGCCUACCGAGGGUUGAAAAAUUACAGUAACUUUCCCAAAAUUCCCAGGUUUUCCAGAAUUUUUCAACGCUUAACCUACUGGUGGAUGUCCAAGCGCACAAGAUCCAUCCAUAAGCCUUCUACAGUAAAGCUACUGUAACAUGCUGUACUGUAGACAUACGCUCGGCGCAUCUUUGAAAUGUUAAGGUAUUUUAUGUGUUUCCGAAACAAAUUGGUUUGAGGCUGCAUUUACACAGCAGCCCAAUUCUGAUAUUUUUUCCACUAAUUGGUCUUUUGAUCUUGCCUGACGACUCAAACUGAAUUCUUCCACUGCUCUAUGUUUGCUAUAUACUUCAGUCUGAGACUGCCGUCGUUUGUGGUGACGUCAAAAUGAGGGGUGUUGUACAAAACAAAGUAAUAAGCGGAUCAUCUCUAGCCAAUGACACAUUUUCAAAAUGCCACUUUACCCACGUGUUUUCUCGCUGGGGAGGUACUCCGAUCUUGACUCAUUGCGGAAAAGAAGCUAACAUCCGUGGAUGUGGCGUACUGUAGAAUUUGACCUGAGCAAGAAGUUUGGUCAAACAUUUCCUGGCUACCCAAUCACAUUAGAUAUUUUCACAUCAAUCUUUUUCAGAAUUAGACUUUUUUUAUUGUUGUAUUUUUCACCCCUUAUUUCUCCCCAAUUUCGUGGUAUCCAAUUGGUAGUAGUUACAGUCUUGUCUCAUCGCUGCAACUCCCGUACGGACUCGGGUCCUCCGAAACACGACCCAACCAAGCCGCACUGCUUCUUGAUACAAUGCCAUCCAACCCGGAAGCCAGCCGCACCAAUGUGUCGGAGGAAACACCGUACAUCUGGCGACCAUGUCAGCUUGCACUGCGCCCGGCCCGCCACAGGAGUCGCUAUUGCGCGAUCAGACAAACCCUCCCUAACCCGGACGCCGCUGGGCCAAUUGUGUGCUGCCCCAUGAGCCUCCCAGCUGCGACAGAGCUUGUGCUUGAACCCAGAAUCUUUAGUGGCACAGCCUUAGACCACUGCGCCAUUCGGGAGGCCCCCCAAUUAGACAUUUUUAAUUGUUUUAUUUUAUUUCACCUUUAUUUAACCAGGUAGGCCAGUUGAGAACAAGUUCUCAUUUACAACUGCGACCUGGCCAAGAUAAAACAAAGCAGUGCGACAAAAAACAACAACAGAGUUACACAUGGGAUAAACAAACAUACAGUCAAUAACAAUAGAAACAUCUGUAUACAGUGUGUGCAAAUGAAGUAAGGAGGCCAAUAGUGGCGAAGUAAUUACAAUUUAGCAAUUUACAUUGCAGUGAUAUAUGUGUAGAUGAGGAUGUGCAAGUAGAAAUACUGGUGUGCAAAAGAGCAGAAAAACAAAUAUGGGGAUGAGGUAGGUAGUUGGUUGGAUGGGCUAUUUACAGAUGGGCUGUGUACAUCUGCAGCGAUCGGUUAGCUGCUCUGACAGCUGACGCUUAAAGUUGGUGAGGGAGAUAAUGGGCUGCCUGUGUAAACUCAGCCUAAGGCAUGUCAGCUUAUUAUCUUAGGGUUAGGUUUAAGUACAUCUUAACAUUGAUGGAAGGUCAGUUGUUAUAUAGUUUGAUGUUUGCAUGGUUACUUAUUGAAGUUAAUCUACAUUACAGGUGAAUGUACUGUAACAUUUCUGUGGUUGAUCACAGCUCAUGGUGCUUUAUCAUUGGCUGGUGUGCUUUACUUAUCUCAUAUGACAUUUUAAUAUUGACAUGUUGUAUAGCUAUUGUGCAGACAGAAGUGUAAGGCAAAACAGUGACAUACUGAUCGAUGCAUUUAUUUUUUUAUUUAACCUUUAAUUAACUAGGCAAGUCAGUUAAGAACAAAUUCUUAUUUACAAUGACGACCUACACGUUCAAAUCAUUAACAACGUACAAUAGGCAUGAUACCUCAGGUAAAUUAUAUCUCAGAUAGCUCUGGCAGGUGAAAGUGUGAUAUUUACACUGAAACUACAACAUUUGUCAGUGGACUGCAAUUGACACAUCUUUUUAGUUGUUUUAAAGUAGCAAUCCAGCCUCCUUUUUACCUAAUUUAACACCUGAUUUACAUAACAAAAGGCAUAUCUCAAUAGGUGGUCCAGGCAAGUUCUGACAUGGCACAAGUGGGGGGUGGGCCUUUCCUCUUUUGUUCUCUUUCUCCUCUAUUGUUCCUCAAGCAAGGGGGAGGCCGAUGACAUCACGGAUUCCCAUCAGACCGACUCUUUGAAUGCCCUACUUCUUGACGUUUGCAGUUGUCUAAAAACCACUGUUUUGCUCUUUUUUUCUAAUCUUUAGUUUGUGUACUUUAUUGUAUUUAUACAUGGGAUUUUGCUUUUCAACAGUACAAGUUCAAAAAUCACCGGAGGACAUAUUUCAGUGUUUGAUUAAAGGGGCAUUGCAGUUAACUUGAUGUUUUUGUAAUGUCUGGAAUUUCAGCCUGCUGAGGUGGGAUGGAAUUUUUGGACCGCAUCAUGACUUCACACUGCUUCCCUGGUUUUAGCACUAAAUCAUUCACUAGCUUGUUGCCUUAGUUGUAGUUUGUGCAAUACGCUUCCUUUCCUUUUUCUUUGUUUCAAACCAGUAUUUCAAGGAUCUCAAAACAAGCUGUUCACCAUACAAUAUAAUACGUGUUCUACUUAAUUCUGGGAUGCUGACAAACUGAAUUUGUGCCUUGGCCUGCUCAGUUCCCUCUCCCUUAUCCAUUCAUGUCAGUCCCAUCUAAUGAUGUAUAUGUCUACCAUGUCACACAAGUAUUCACUGCCCAGUGAGUGCAGUUUGGCCACUUUAACUGGGUGUCACUAGUGUUAUUAGCAAUUUAUAUGUAGAGAAAAUUAUAUUUAACAGUUUGAGGGAGAAUUGUACUGUUAUAUUGAAUUAAAAUGCCUGAAUGUUUUAAUAA